GGUGAGAAAUCCGUGUACAGGCUGAAUUGACAUCACAGCUUUACAUAUAUGAAUUCUGAAGAAGCUUUUGCCUUGCAGAUUUCCCUCUCUUCCUGUCCUUUUCUAUCUUUAAAUUAUAUACUUCUCUUCUAACUGUGGAUUGAUAUCAAAAUGGCGAAGUCAAUGGAGAAUAACAAGGCAGUAAAGAUGCUGAGGGCAGCUGAGGAGGGUGGAUAUGGUGUCAUUGGAGUUGUUUCUUACAACCUCGAAACAAUAACAGCAGUCGUCCGCGCCGCCGAAGCCAAAAAGUCCCCCGCACAAAUCCUCCUCUUCCCCUGGGCCCUCCAUUACUCCCCCCUCCUCAUCCACCUCGCAGCCGCGGCUUGUUCAACCGCCAAAGUCCCCGUCGUCCUGCACAUGGACCACGCACAAUCAGAAGAAGAGAUCAUCGCGGCAGCCGAGUACCCCUUUGACAGCAUCAUGGUCGACAUGAGCCACUACGAGAAAGAAGAGAACUUGGAGAAAACAGAGAGGAUUACGAAGUAUCUGCACGAGAGGGGAAUUGCGACGGAAGCAGAGCCGGGUAGGAUUAAUGGGGGCGAGGAUGGGGUUAAGGAUACAGGGGAUUUGGAGGGUCUGUUGACGACGGCGGAGGAGGCGACGAGGUUUGUGGAUACGGGGAUCGAUUUCUUGGCCCCGGCUUUUGGAAACGUGCAUGGGAAUUAUGGUGGGGUGGAGAAUAUUAAGUUGGAUUUUGAGAGAUUAGACAAAAUCCGCGAAGCAACAAAAGGAAAAGCCACGCUCGUCCUCCAUGGAACGAACACCUUCCCAGACGCAACAAUGCAAGGCUGUAUCAAAGGAGGAAUGACAAGAUGUAACGUCAACGAACUCGUGUUGUUCAAGUACAACGACUACGUGGCGAAGAACACUGGAAAGGUUCCUCUGACUGAGUUGAUGGGCAAGGGGACGGAUUUGAUUCAAGAACAGAUUGAGUAUCAGAUGGAUGUUAUGGGCUCUACUGGAAAAGCAUGAUGGGAGAGGCAUAGUGUUUGGUUAUUUGAAACCUGUAGAUAACUAAGUCCGUAGAUAAGUUCGAAUUACGUUGCCAAAGAGAUGCUG